AUGCAGCAACUCGGUUCAUACCAAGCAGUCGAUGGUGUCGCCAGAGAUACAAGCAAGGACAGGUUGCUUUUACGAAGAUGCAGGGACAAGCUUACAGCACAUAUUGAGAGGAGGACCGGUAUCAAAUUAGAACCUGGCGAUGUACGCUUGGUGAUGAAGCAGAGCGAUGCCUACACUUGGACCUAUACGAAAGAAGUAGCACAUCUGUUUUCCAGGGAACUUGAAGACCACGAACCUGAAGCAUACCAGAAGCUUUGCAGAGAAGUCGGGAGAAGCUUUCACGCCAUCACAUUCAGCAAAGGUGAUUUCGCUGGUGGCCACCUGCGUUCGGGAAGCCCACCGCCAUACGGCAUACCAACAUUCGAUGCGGAUGUAACGGAACGGGGCGGAACGAGUGAAGACGUAGCUUUACUAGGACAUCAAGUUUCUAUGAUGGAGACGAGUGCAGCCUACGACGCAACCACUCGAAUGCAGCUGCAGGAAAACAUCUGGACUCUGGAACAAGAAAACGAACGUCUCAUGCAAGAAACCCAAAAGCAGCGAGAGGACGCCACAUAUCACAGAGAUUUCUUCUACAAGCUAUUGGAAGCUAUAGAUCAGCUGAACGCGACGGUCUCCGACAUUCGCCAGGACUACAUUAGAACAGUCAAUAUCAGCAUGUUUCCGAAAGAUCAAGCUCAACUGUUCUAG